AUUAAAUCUCGGUUAAAAGCCUAAUUUGAUAAGUUAUAAGUUUAUCAACUUGAUUUGAUUAGGUUAUUCAUAGCAUAAAUUAAAAUGUUAUAUAAAAAAAAUUACAUAGGCACCACUGUAUAUUUAUAAUGCGAUUAUUUUAAAGCCCAAUAUAUUACAGUUGCUUGCUAUUUUACGGAUAAAUGCGUCUAUUGGAAAACACUUUUUGAAGAUUUUAUUGUAUAUUAUUAAUUCUAGUUAAGUUUAAAGAAGAUGCCAUCUUUUAAUCAUAAAUACCAUGCUAUAAAUACCUCAUUUAAAGUAACAAUAAAGAAAACUAGAAAAGUGUGUUAUUUAUUAUUAGCUAUACUUGUAUCCAUAUUAUAUAUUACAUUUAAUAUAUAUGUUGAAGGCUCUUAUGGAGUUAGGAGUAAAGGAAGAUGUAAAAACUCGUUCAAUGAAAACAAAGACUUAAUCUAUCUUAUUACAAAAACCCACGAUGUUUUAGACAAAUAUAAACUUGAUUACUUUUUAAUGUAUGGAAGUUUAUGGGGUGCAUUGCGCACCGGACAACCAUUACCAUGGGAUUAUGAUUUUGACUUUGGUGUUGACUUUGAUGAUGCAAGAUUAGUGAAUUUUGACGAAGUUCAAAAAGCUCUAUUGGAAUAUAAUAUUAAAAUGAAAUAUGUAUAUUAUAGUGGAGUUUAUAAAGUAUAUUUUGGUACAAUGACCGGUGAUAUUAUGGUAUUUAAAGACUAUUAUAAUGAUGGUAUAAUGAGACGUAUUGGUAUUGAAUCGUGGCUGUUAUUUAUACAUUAUAGAUUUUAUCACCAAUAUCCUAAGAGAUUAACUCAGAAGCCUCUUGAAAAAAAAAAGUUUGCUGGGCUUUUAUUUAAUGUACCUCACCAAGGAGUUGAAAUUCAAAAGUAUAUGUAUCCAAAUAAUUGGUGGAUAGAACUUAAACCUCCAAACUGCAAUUUAACCAUUUAAAUGCAGUAGUUUAAAUUUUGUUUCACAUAAAUUAUCAAUAUAUUCAUAUUACAUAUAGAUUAUAAAUAUAUUACAUAUAUGAAAUUAGUAGUUUUUAUAUUUAAACAUUUUGAUACACGUAAAUAUUUGCAUGGUUUUUAUUUCGAUUUUUGUGGUAUUUGUUAGGUUUAUUUAAAUCAUAAUACAUAGAGAUAUACAUAUAAAA